AUGGAAUCGAGAUCGGAUUUGCUAAGCACGUUGGAUCCAGGUAGUCACGGAGAUGAACAGGGUUUAUCUGAGCUUUUACAAUCUGGGAUUCAAUCGAGCACCGCGACGAGCUCGCUAGCCGUCAGCAGUCCAGUGAUUGACGACACGAUAACAAUCGCUUACCAGGGUGAGCAGGUUGAGACUCAUAGAUUCGUAGAUCACUUUGAAGCGUGGCCGCAAGCAGAGUGCCUGUUCAAGUACCUCACGAGGUUUGACCUGAAACUCUCAAGGAACCUCAAGCUAGAAAGCUUGAACGGACAGCUGAAGAAGGGAACGGGCCACGAGGACCUGCACGUGACGGUCAAGUGCCAGUACGUCGGUCUUCCAGCAGGAAAGAAGACUCAAGACGCCGCCGAAGGGCACCGCUGCUGUAAGGGAAAGGAAAAGCACGAUAAGUACGAGGGGGCAAAGAGUCAGGAGGAAGGCAGCAAGGGGAAAGAAGACGCCGAUGACCACGGGGGAUCGGACUAUGAGGUGGUUACUAAGGAAGAUGAGGAAGAGGCAAGGGAGGAGGUAGAACCGGAAGUCGCCAGUGAAAGCCCGGAGGCCUACUCUGGAGAUGCUGACCACCAUGUCAGAGCAGACGAGAGCCUGCCUAUGGCCACCAAGGACGCAAACUACCCAUACCUGCACCUCUUCCUGGUACCCCCAAGCUCACUGUCGGACUAUAAGGAGGAAAUAAAGCCGAGGAUGAAAGAGUUUAUCGCCACGAGGAUGGAAAACAAGUUGAACGAGGAGUUCUUAAUCGUAGCGUUCUUGAACAAAAGUGGCGCCAGCUCCUCAGAAGGGAGUAGGGAGGGAGUGCACAGAAGAAAGAGUAAAUUGGGCCUGAGUAUGCUGACCGGAGGCAAGGAAGGGGAGGACAGGAAGGUCCUGGAGAAGAUGAGGAUGCGCCUCUUCAGACAUAAGCUGAGGUCUCGUUUAGUAGUAGUAACACUGGAUGCGGCCGACAACGCAGGGAAUAAGCACGCCGAGCCGGUGAUAACGAACGCAAUCAAGGAAAGCGGAAUCGACAAGAUGAUGAGGACGCUGCUUAACCUGAGUCUGAACAAGAGGUACCUCUACAUCCUGAUCAACGUGAACAAGAUGUUUCUGCCAUUCAUCAGCGCAAGCACGGCAGGAGCAAACGCACGUUCAGGGGCGAAGGUGACUGUUGCAUCGGGCGAAAACGGAGAAAGCGCAGUAAACAAGGAGGGAGUACCCGCGAAUACGGCAAGUGUAGGCUCGGGGAUAAGCGCGUUGACGGUGGGAAACUACCUGCAGUUCGUGGAGGCACUGGAGAACCUCUGCAACCUCUUUUAUAAAAUACAGCUGACGCUGGAAAGCGUAGUGCUCUACGAGUUCCUGCUCUACAACGAGCACUUUGGAAAAAUGCUGAGCAUGUUCAAGGCGGCGAAGGUGGACGAGGAGUUUUACAGAAGCUACAACGUGCUAAACAGUUACUCCAGCGCGUACUACAGCACGCUGAGCCAGAGCAGGGGCUCUGCAAGUGGAGGGCUUGCAGGGGCCGACGACGCAGCCUCAGUCGCAAAGUACUGCUACGUCAGGUACAGGCUUUACAUCCUGUCGAAGCAGCUGCUCAUGCUUAACACGAUCACGACGAACACGCAGGACCUGGUUGGAGGAGAAAGAGUGAGUAGAGCCACUACGAGUGCCCUGGAGGGAGUAGUAACGAUGCCGAGCAGCGCCAACGUGGGCACUAACGCACCGGGGCCCUUUGAGAAUCUGCUCUUCCUCCCCGUGGUGCUCACCUACAACUUCAUCAACGACGUCUACUUCCAAGUCAUAGGCACAAGUGCGCUCCCAAGUUACCCAGCCGGCACUAUGGUAUUCCCGGAAGGCGGCGAGAGCGUGAUUCCGGCCGUCGAAGGAGUCUCAGUAACAGCCAGCGGUGGCGCAGUGAGGAGAAUCAAGUGGCUGAUGCUGACAACAAUUGAGCUCAUCAGGCAUCUGGAGAACAAGCUCAACAGCGAAUUACUCGACGACGCGAGCACCGACGACAACUACCUGGGCGAAGUGGUGAGAGGAAAGAAGAAGAAGUUCAGGUUCCUCAAGUCGAUCUUUAAAACGGGCAGUUCCAGCAGUAGCUCGAAGGGGUCCGGCCAGGCAAAGGGCAGCUCCACAGGAGCUACUGCGUCCGGAAGCAUAUCCUGGGUGGUUAAGUCAUACUACGGCAUAAAGGUCACGGAAAACCCCUACAAGUACGUGUCGUUCAUAUACCUGGUGCUCUACAAGCUGGUGCUGCAGCUGGCGAGUGCGAAGAGCGGUGGAAGUACGACGGUAACCGCAGCCGCGGAGGGGCCAAAGUACGACGAGGAAGGCUUGGAGGUGUACAUCGACUCGAUGUAUGAAAACUGCAUACGCCUGCACUACGCAAACAUAACGGCAGACAAAAGAGGAGAAGAGAGUCACUGCAGCGCCGCUAACCCCGACCCCAGCGGGGUCAGCAGCGCUGGGAGUCUGAUGAGGACAAUUGACCAGAUGCUGGACCAGAUAGUAGAUUACAAGGUGGCCAUUAUCGAGAGGUGCAGCAGGUACUUUGUGCUCUCCAACCUCCAGAGCUACUCGAACGUGCUCAGGUCGUACUACCUGAGGCCGAACGCAAGUGCGCAGGCGCUCGAAGGGCCCGAAAGCACGUUGGGAGGAGAAGAGACGGACAGGACAACAGAAAGUGACUGGCCAGGGAAGGCUGCGCUGCAAAUUGACCUGAGAACGGAAACGCUGCUGAACACUGACACGACGAACGCAGAUACCUCGAGGACGCUAACGACGGAACGGAGCACCUCAAGCGUGAGCACGGGAAGGCUGGACAAAGAAAGGGGACCCGAGAGGAGCAUCACCGUCAAAAGGUCAGUGGCACCAGGAGUUAAAACGAUCACGGAAAUGCUGCAAAGGGAGCAUCAGAAGGGCGAAAAGCAAGCCUGCACCAUAAGGGACACCAGAGACUCGGACGGAGAAGAAGGGCAGCAGGGAGAGCGCAGAGUCCAGUGCAGCCUCUCAAACUGCAACGAGUACGACCACCUCUUCAACAAGAGCUUCAAGCGCUCCUCAGUGAAGACGCUGAGCCUGUACCCGAGCUGCUACAACUACGUGCACGUGCACCUGACGAAAAAGGCAGCCGAAAAGCUCGAGGGACAACUGUACCUGCACAUGUCGACGGUGAGAAGCGACGUUGUGGCGGCAUUGAGCAGGGGGGAGGGUGCAGGCAAGUUGGCGAGAGGCGCCGAAGGGAGCAUGCUGGAGGUGGACAUGAGUGGCAUGGCAGUGAUCAACCUCGACAACAAGGUCGUCAACAUCGCCCUCGGCCAGGGUCAGCCAGGGGGCGUCGCGUCCAGCAGCAGCGCAGCCUGCGGAGGCGCGUCCGGCGGCAGCAUGGGCGCAAUAAAGCUGCCAAACUUCACGACCAGGAUGAUCGUCUGCGUGCCCCUGAAGCUCUGCGAUCCCACCCUCGCAAAGAAGGAGGGCAGGACAGGGACCCACUGCGGUAUUUCGAACACGACAUGCGCAGACCUGACGAACUCAGGGGCAGUGAAGGCCGGACUGAGGUUAAACAUAAGUUUGACGAACACCUCGACAGUCGUCUGCGGGACCGCCAGCGCCUCCCCUUUGAAGUCGGAGGGCGCCGCCGCGAAGGGGAGCAUCAGCGCCAGCACCACGAACGCAGUGGGAGGAAAGAGUUACCCAGUCAAGGUCAGGGAAAUAUUCGACCUGAGGAUGAGCGAGGCCAAGGGGAUGAAAAACAUACACGUGAAGGUGCUCUACAGGGACCUGGUUAAGAUACACCAGAUUUAUCUCAACAACAACAUCAUAGCAGAAGAAGCUAAUUUACGUUUAGGCACGACUCUGCUGGACCACGAUAGCAUCUACAAGAUUGCGUAUCAGCCGAGUCAGUCGACGACGGCGACGACGCCCACGAACCUCAUGGUCAACGUUGGCACGGCUGACGUGGUCAAUCUUGGCACCGCGGACGUGGUUACCGCCGUGGACAGGGCCAAUAGCGCUGGAAAGGCAAACGCCAACGGAAACGCAAAUGACAACGUCAAUGUUGGCAACCCUGACAGGGCCAACGGUAACGCCAACGACAACGGCAAAGCCAACGAGGUUAGCGCCGUGGACGCUGCCAAUGUUGGCAACAAGGCCAUGGGCAUGGACCUGAUCAAGAUAUACUACUCGCUGUACCGCAAGUACAGGUCGUCGCUGCAGCAGCUGACGCACAACCAGCUCUACCUGAUAGACCCGGCAAGUCUGCAGACCGUGGACUCAGAGAACGCAUUCGGCUCAGACGACAAGGACGAGGAGGAAGAAGAGACGCCAGAAGGGACGGGCGAGUCAGGGAAGGGGACGAGUAGAGAGGAAGGCACUGAGUCGGGAGCACGCGGCCAAGAAAGCGGCCAAGGGGAGCAGUUAGACCGGACUGAGGCGGUCGAGGCGGACUUGGUGAUGAAGGUCCCGGGGUACGCAUUCGUGUCCAGACCCAUCAACGUGGCGCUGCACCUGCUCAGCAGGGAAAGCACGAGCUUCAGCUACUCGAUCGAGAGCAACGAGAGCUGGUUCAUCGAGGGGCUGGUGGUCAACAACAACGUGCAGCUGACGGAGGAGAAGCAGCACAAGCUGCAGUUCAGGCUCAUCCCGCUCAGGGAGGGCAGACUCGAGGUGCCCACCGUGAAGUUCAGGGGCGUGAAGGUGGAGGUGCCGAGGAGGGAGGUCACGGUCUUCCCGGCCAACUACCUCCUGCUGUAG